CAGGAGUUUUUAAUCUUUUUAUAACAUGGACUUCUUCGAGAAAAUGGAUAUCAAGAAAAGGGAUACUAUUACAGAUCCAAGAAAUUCAGCUGUGUAAUGGCUAACCAGAACCAAACAGACAACUCAGAAAUAACCCUUUUGAUGAUCUCCAGUAGACCUGAAUAUCAGAGACUUUUCUUCCUGCUUUUUCUGUCUAUUUAUUUGUUGACCCUUCUAGGGAAUAUUCUCAUUGUCUUGCUUAUUCGCUUAGACAACUGUCUCCUUCAGUCCCCAAUGUACUUCUUCCUAAGCCACCUCUCCCUGGCUGACAUCAUUUUUAUUUCCGCUACUGUUCCCAAAAUCCUGAUAAAUUUGAUGUCUCAGUCUCAGACCAUCACCUUCAAUGAGUGCUUGACCCAGAUGUAUUUCUUUCUCGCCUCUGGUAACACAGAUAACUUCCUCCUUGCCUGCAUGGCUUAUGACCGCUAUGCCGCUGUCUGUCAUCCUUUGCAUUACAUCACUGUGAUGAGCCACAGGUCCUGCUUAUUUUUGGUUUCUGGAUCCUGGAUCGUUUCUGGUCUCCACUCUUUACUGUACACAAUUUUGAUAUCACAGAUUUCUUUUUGCACCUCUAUGGAAAUCCCCUAUCUUUUCUGUGAAAUGUAUCCUUUCCUGGAAUUCUCCUGUUCUGAUACAACACUCAUAAAAAUCUUGGCACAGACAGAAGGGGUGGUGGAUUUGCUGGGACCUUUAGCUGCCAUCAUUGUCUCUUAUGCACUAAUAUUCUCCACAAUCAUAAAAAUUCCCUCAACCGCUGGGAAAUACAAAGCAGUUUCCACCUGUGGCUCACAUCUGGCUGUGGUGAUCUUGUUCUACAGCACUAUCAGUUGCCUUUAUUUCCAGCCUCCCUCUGCCUACUCAGCCCAAAAAGGCACAUUUAUCUCUCUCUUGUAUGCAGUGGUGAUACCAAUGCUGAAUCCCUUCAUCUAUACACUAAGGAACCAGGAGGUAAAGUCAGCAAUAGUGAGACUUCUCGGUAGGCUGAGAACUUUCUUAAGGAAAUAAGAGCAGAGCGACAUUUCCAUGGUUUCUGAGUUUUUUGGGGGGUGGUGGAAGGUACUAGGGCCAUCAUCAUCAUCUCGUAUGCAGACAUAUUCUCUACAAUUAUCAACAUUCCUUUCAAAACCUAGGAAGCCCGUGGUGUAAACUUCCCAGAGCAAUAGCCUUAUUAAUUUUUCUUGCAGCAAAAUCAUCUAAAAAUACAGAAGGACACCUCAAAAAUAAACAAACUCAUUUGUGAUUUGGGAUGCAAACUUUGUGCCUGUUUUAUAGGACAGGACUCCAAAGUUUUGGCAUUAGAGACUCGCAUCCCAGGAGCUAUUCAAACUAUUUGUCAAAUAUCUCUAGGGCUUUCAAUAUAAAACCUCUAAUGCAAUUCUUUCUGCUCGUUGCUGGAGUCUUGAGACAUUCAACCAAGUCAGAUUCGUCUGGCUUUCUUCUAUUUUAGCCAGUGUUUUGAUCCACUAUUGAAGAUCAUCACACCCAGGAGAAAAACUUAGAGCAUCUGGAUAGAGGUAGGAAGGAGUAGAAUUGCUAUCUUUAGGGUUUGCUGCAGUCUCUGAUGUUUUGACUUGCACAUAAUGCUACCAAUGCUAUCUUACCUCUAAAGCCAUAUCGAGCUUGAUGGAAGUAGACAGAGAAGUUGCAUGUGUUUGAACCCUUUAAAUUAAAGAUAAAUAAAACAGGGUAGCCAUGAUUCUAACACAAGGAUAACCUAGCAUGAAAGAUGAGAAGGAAUAAUGCUUGAAUUUCUACUUUUUCUGUGUCCAUGAAUAAGCACGAUCUGGUUUGGAGUAUCCAAAAUAUGGCUAGUAUGCAUCUGGAUCUGUGUAAGGAUAAAAAAAAUCUGUUUGAUUUGCAUACAUAUGGAAAACAGUAGAUGACUUUUUUCUCAUGUUUACGGCAGGAGUUUAUAAUCUUUUUAUAACAUGAACUUCUUUGAGAGAAUGAUGAAUACUUUGUAUCUUUUCUCAGAAAAAUGUAUUUAAAUGUAUAAAAUAGCUUUCCUUUGUGUGUGUGUGUGUGUUUGUGUGUAUUACAAAGGAAACC